AUGGGUAGACCAAGACUUAUCAUCCUAGUCCGGCACGCCCAGUCCGAGGGCAACAAAAACCGCGAUAUCCACCAGACCAUCCCUGACCACCGGGUCAAAAUUACACAAGACGGAUGGCAGCAGGCAUACGAGGCGGGCCGCCGCCUGCGAACGAUGCUCCGCGAGGACGACACGCUACACUUCUUCACAAGUCCUUACCGUAGGACGCGAGAGACCACCGAGGGUAUCCUAGCGACGUUGACCAGCGACGAUCCCGAGCCGAGCCCCUUCAAGCGUGAUAAUAUCAAGGUGUACGAGGAGCCGCGGUUGCGCGAGCAGGACUUUGGCAACUUCCAGCCAUGUAGCGCCGAGAUGGAGCGCAUGUGGCAAGAGCGCGCAGACUACGGCCACUUCUUCUACCGCAUCCCCAACGGCGAGAGCGCCGCCGACGCCUAUGACCGUAUUAGUGGCUUCAACGAGAGCUUGUGGCGCCAGUUUGGCGAGGAGGACUUUGCGAGUGUCUGCGUUUUAGUCACCCACGGCCUCAUGUCCCGCGUCUUCCUUAUGAAGUGGUACCACUACAGUGUCGAGCGCUUUGAGGAUCUACGCAACGUCAACCACUGCGAGUUCCUCAUCAUGCGCCGCAACGACGACAGCGGCAAAUACAUACUCGAGAACAACCUGCGGACAUGGUCCGAGCUGAAGAAGGAGCGCGCGCAGGAGCUGGUCGAGAACAAGGACGAGAAUGCCAAGGAGAACGGGAAAAGUAAGGACGUCUCCACGCUCGCGCGCGCUGCCACGGUUGAGGUCCGACGUCGCUGGGGCGGCUGUCCGAAUGGUUGUGAUCACGACAAGAGUUUCAAGAUCCGCCAGACGCUGGCUGACCUCGUGAAGAGCGACAGUAUCAUCUCUAACCACGCCGUCGGCCUAGCCGUGAGCGAGGACGGCAGCAGCAACGGCAGCAACAGCACCGCCGUGCCCAACGGCAACGGCGCCGCAGCCAGCUCGACCCACGGCAUCACCAACCCAUCAUUCAACGGCACGGCCAACAGCCAGACCCUCGUCAGCCGCCGGCCAGCCGCGAAGCGCUUCCAGUCCCAGACCACCGACGAGAUGAGCGACGCGCCCGAGUUCACUGUCACUGGCCCCCAAAUCGACGUGACCAAAGCCCGCGACGAAGUCGUCUCCAGCCCCGACGGCACCCCCUCCUUCAUCUCAGUCGAGGACCGCCUCCGCUCGCGGCUCAAGAGCCCCAACAUCCCACCACGCCCGCUGGAAAUCACCCAACUCCACGUCGGCCGCGACUUCGGCGGCACCUACAGCGGGCACAACAGCGCGGGCAGCGACGACGCUGACUCGGACGACGACAACGCCCACCGCCGCGCCGCCGCCCUCGCCACCCCUUCCCCCUCCUCCUCCACCACCAGCACAUCCAGUCCCGUCACCAACGGCAGCCGGCCCGCCACCGGAACCACCACCGCCACCACCACCACCGCUCUCGGCAUCCCCGCCUCGGCCAUUCCGCUCCACCACCGCCCCCACAAACACUUCCACCACCACCACCAUCACAGGGAACAGUCCCGCAUGGGCCGCGGCACGCGCGCCAACCGGCUGGGCGAUCACCAUAGCAGCGACGGGGAGCACGAGGCGGAUUGCGAGCAUGAAGCUGAUUGUGCAAAUGGAAAGGGGCUUGGUGGGGAUGGGGCUGCCUCCUGCGAAGCGGAUGAGGAGAGCGGGUCUGAGUUGACGCGCGAGAUGGUGGAUGAGGCGGAUCAGGUGUUGGCUAGGGAGGAGAGGGAGAAUCGGAGUAUUUUGGGGAGUGUGUAUUAG